CAGCUGAUUCUUUAUUUACCAAUUAAUUUUCGAUGGAAAACGCCAUCACGGAGACGAUUAGAAAUUACUUAGUUAAAUAAAUACAGAUCAGUGGCCGCAAAAUGUUUGGAAACCUGAAAAAGAAGCUGAGCAGUGCGAUUCAGGAGGGCUUGGUGAUAUCGGAAAAUCUGCAGCAGCAAUAUCGCCAGCGUGUCAGUUCGAGCACCCAAAGCAGUGGGAUUACGACCCCCACUUCGCCUCAACUGGGUCUCAACGAAAGUCUGUCCUCCAGCCGGAGCAGUAAUCUCUCCCUAAGUGCUCCCUUCCAGCUAACCGAUGGCGUUCCUAGCCACCUCAAUGUGGCAGCGGGUUGCAGUUUGUUGGCCAAAUACGAGGACGAUUGGCAACAGAUCCAUGGUGCCAACGAGGAGAACGCCGAGAAGGCUGCGCAGGUUGCCUCCCAAAUCUCCGCGGUUCAGAACAAAGCCAUCAAUCAGCGCAGGAUCAUCAGUGAGCUGAACAGCAGUCUGGCGGGAAUUCCCACGCUGAUUGCCCAACUGCAGGCCAGCACAAACGUCCUGAAUUCCCUGGAGCAAAUGGGCCAGCAAUUGGAGGUGGAGCUGGAAAAACUAGAGGAUCUGUGCGAGGAGUGCGAACUCCAGGAGUUUAUCCUCGAGCAGCAGUUUCAAUUGUCGCGACACAAGCAGAAAAAGCUCAACGAAUUGGAGCAAUAUCGCCAACAAAUAGCCUCCAAACACCAAUCCAAGAUCAAGGAUCAGGAGCAGAAGCUAUUGAAACUGCAGAGGGAACGGCAGGCUGUCUUUGAUGACGCUUUCCGCGGCGAUAUGGAGGAGUACAAACAGCACGGCCAGCUACCAAAAAUUCAAACCACCAACAACAAGUUGGCCUUGGAGGAAGUGGUUCUUGAAGCAAACGAAGUGGAGACGAAGGAUGCUCUGGAGCAAUUUCUGAAUGGAUAACUCACGUACACCUCGAAAAAGACUCACUUUUGUGCCUUUAAGUGCAAUAGCAGUGUAAAUUGUUGAAAUAUUCUGAAGGGGAUUCCAAAAUCUAA